GCCGGCCUGCCUGUCACUCGCUGGUGUCCUCCCCCUUGCCAUGGAUCAGUGUGUGCAGCCAGACGGCUGGCAGUAGUGUGCGGCUGCGGGGUGUCAGGCAGGUACAGGCUGUAGUAGGAUGUACUGGCAGGAGCCGGGAUCACACAGGGAUUGCUGAUCAGCCUGCCCGCAUGAAGACAUCCUGGACACUAUUGCUGGGCCGGGAUGUGCAGCUAGCUCUGGAGCUCCUGUGACGGGGAAGCUGGAGUUUGGGGUCGCUGAGAGCUCUCUGAUGAGCCGCCCCCUGUGAGUGUGGAGCGAGCCGCGGAGUGCAGGGGGCAGGAUGCUGCUGCUGCGGGGAGAGUAGGUCCCUGGCUGCUGGGGCUGCCGGAUGAUGUCCCCAUGGAUGCGAGCCCCGUGUCCCCCCUGAGGAAGAGGCUGCUGCUGCCGCUCUGCACCAUGCUGUUCCUCUGCCUCUACAUGUUCUACUCCUGCGCCGGCUCCUGCGCCUCCUUCCCCAGCUCCGCUGCGCCCGGCCAGCCCGGGGUGCUCUCCCAAAUGCUCCUCCGCCCUGCACCGGCCGAGGAUACGGGCUCCAUCAGCAGCUUCUACAACGGGUCCGGGAGCAAGAAGCUGCCCCAGGCCAUCAUUAUCGGGGUGAAGAAAGGGGGCACCCGGGCUCUGCUGGAAUUCCUGCGGGUGCACCCGGACAUCAGGGCGGUGGGGGCUGAGCCCCACUUCUUCGAUAGGAACUAUGAGAGGGGCCUGGCCUGGUACAGGGAAUUGAUGCCAAGGACGCUAGAUGGCCAGAUCACCAUGGAAAAGACUCCUAGCUACUUUGUGACUAAGGAAGCACCAGCCCGUAUCUCGGCCAUGUCGAAGGAUGCUAAAGUCAUUGUGGUGGUGAGGGACCCAGUAACGCGAGUGAUAUCGGAUUACACCCAGACAUUGUCCAAGCGGCCUGAUAUCCCUACAUUUGAGAGUCUGACAUUUAAAAAUAGGACUACUGGUCUUAUUGACAUCUCGUGGAGUGCCAUCCAGAUUGGCAUCUAUGCCAAACACUUGGAGAACUGGCUCCAGUAUUUCCCCAUGAACCAGAUCCUUUUUGUGAGCGGGGAGAGACUAAUCACGGAUCCAGCCGGAGAACUGGGACGUGUUCAGGAUUUCCUGGGGUUGAAAAGGAUCAUCACCGAUAAACACUUUUAUUUCAACAAGACUAAGGGCUUUCCAUGCUUGAAAAAGGCAGAGGGGAGCAGCAAGCCCCAUUGUUUGGGGAAAACCAAGGGCAGGACUCACCCCAACAUAGAUCCGGAAGUUGUCCUGAGACUGCGGGAGUUCUACAGGCCAUUUAAUAUGAAGUUCUACCAAAUGACUGGGCAUGACUUUGGCUGGGACUGAAAACUCUACCAGAGUUCUAUUGUUUUAUGUGAAGUAAACACAUCUGUAUGUGUGCUUGUACAAAUGUACAGAGAUCUAUUUUAUUAUAAUUUAUUUGUAAUUCCUAAGCAAUUAAUCCACUAAGCUGCCUACUCACGC